AUGAGUUUUCCACCGUUUCAGAUUUGGCUGUAUGACCGUACGCUGAAGAACGGUGACCGUGUCCGCCAUCAAGGGAACGAUGGUUCCGUCUGCUCAACCAAGAAACUGAUUACCGUUCAACUCCUGGAACAACACCAUCUCCACACUUAUCGUGACCUGGAUCGAGAGGUGGUUACAGAGGUGGACUAUGUUGACCCUCCUUUCCCAAGUUCUGGCACAAUCCUUCCCCAGCUGAAUGAGCAUACUUUGCAGCCCGUGUUGAAAUUCCAAGUUGGGGACAGCAUGAUGCAUAAAGGCUGGGUUGGAGUUGUCAUAAAUGGAAAAGUGUCUAUCACUUAUCGGUUUGCGAAUAGUGGUAAAAUGCGGAUGACAAGUAUUCGCGAAUUGAGUGCUAUGUCCGGCUCCAAGAUUUAUGUUGGCUUACAAAUAUAUUUUCUUUACUUGCAUGAAACUGUUUUGUCUCAUUUGUCUGACAGUUAUAAAUUGGGUAACACAAAUUUAGGAAUAUGGUCUGGAGGUUAUCGUCCCUACAAUCGAUUAACUCAUGGGAGACAUCCCGCCACUGUGACCGAUGUCCGGGUCAUCUCCCUGCAGGUCAUGUGGGUGGACAGGAUUCUUCAACGUUCUUGUGACACUAUCGCGACGACGAAGGCUGACGAUGGAAAUGUGGUGGAAGUUGACUCCGAACCGUCACCACCGCCACCUACUGAGCUGGAAGGAGAGUCAAUUUUGUCCACAGUGUUCCGACUUGCUGACCCUUCUAAAGAGUUGGGCGUGGACUCAAUUGUGACGGUCCGAUGGGACGAUCGGUUGCAAAAGAAUGAACAGAGUUGGAGAAAGACUUUUCUUGACGACCUUUCUUUAGGCCCACAGAAUGUCGCAACUUUCGCACGUAUUGAAGAUGAUGAACCUUCCAGUAAAAAAUUGAAAGCUGUUAAAACGCCUAUUCCAUUCUCUCGCUUGGAUUGGGUAGCUUGCCGAGUGAUUUUCUCUCAGACCAUGGUCGACGUUCUGUUUGACGACAACAGUGUGCAAUAUUCAAUUCCAUCCUGGAAGAUUACCGCCGUGCUUCCUCACCCAAGAAUGGGCAUCCCAGAUAUGCCGUAUCCAGACAUGGGUUACGAGUUGGGCGACGUUGUCAAGAACUUGGUCGACUUUGAGCAUACUCAUUACACCAAGUACGGCUUUGUGUUGAGAACGAAUCCUCUCAAGAGGACGGUGGACGUGAAUUGGGUCACCGUCCUUGAACUUGGAAAAUCCCCUCGAGUUCAAAUUGAACUGAAGGAAAUGUCUCAAUACGAUGUCCAACCAGUGAAUUCCUACCUUUGGCUUAAAAUGUGCCCACAGAUCGUGCUGGCAAAGGGGAUUUUUGAGGGAGUAAUUUUAGAACAGAGUAUCCCAGAUGCAAAAAUUGUGGUAAAAUGUGCCGAGGGUCCUGUGAAAUCCGUCUACCUUCAUGAACUGACCUUUCUUCAGAAAAAGGUGUACCGUUCGCUUGCAGAUGGAAUCUAUGAGGCUCGAACUCUUGAAAUCCGACCAGACAUUAUUCCUUUCGUCGACUACUGUAUCCCCAACGCGCACUCUGUAUUUAUUCACGAGGAUGAAACGGUACAAAGAAAAUAUCGAUUUUUUACCUCAGCCAGUGUUCCCAAUGACCACACCUUCUACACCUCACGACCACAAUUCCACAUUCAAACUCGCACUAAUGGAAUAAUAAACCAUGAGGAGCUGAACAACCUCAACAUCUUCAAAAACUAUGUAGAGAGGGAGUUACAAGUUUUGAGGGGAGCAGUUUUGUCCUCCGUGGAUCAGACGGGGGAGUUCUGGCCCAUAUUUGUAGAACGAGUUGGAGCCAGCUCUGAACGCUGGGAUCUGCUAACGAUGGCAGUGAUCGGUGCAGAAGGGACCGUUUACGAGGACAUUCCAUUCUUUCUGGAUAUUCAUCUCCCAUUUCGCUUCUGGGAGUGGGAAAUCAGUCGCAACCCUGGAUUACGGCCACUGGCAUGCGCUCUUUAAAUAUUAAUGAAAUUAUUUAAUUACUGGAUUAACUAAUCCAUUUUAGGUGGUUGUCCGUUUACCACGAGUUUAUUUUCCCAAUUGGAUUCAUCCCGCAAUUUCAAUGGAAAAUUCGGCCUUGUCGUACCCAAAUGAACUUCUUACUUCCUGGAAGCCUGGUAACGCUGAAUCCGGAGAUGUAAUCGGGUUUCUUUUGAAUGUUGCUCAGUAUUUUUCAAAAACGAUCCUCUGUGCUGAGCCACAUCUCCAGCACACUACCGGCCAAGUUGUGAGCUUUUGUGGGGCUGGGCGAGGAAGUGGGAGGAAUAGAAAUGACGCCUCGAUGACAGACUCUCCUCCUGCCCCACCGCAUGAGAACAACAACAACAAUUUUGAAACCGUGGCCAGUGUUGCGAUGGACAUGAGGAACGGCAUAACGAAACAUGAGAUGGAAAGGUCACGAAAUUUCAAUGAAACGGCCAGCGUGGCCCUUAUGGAUCAUCUGCACUCGCUCCUGUGUGCUCCACCCUCUUCUUGGAAAGAGUUUUUGGAGUGUCAUUUUUACACAGCAUUGCCAAGAAUCAACGCUAGGAUUACCGAACUGCUCAAGGCGCAAUGGGCUCAUGAUGCUGAACGAGCGAAAAAUGCAGCUGGUAUUAUUCAAGAUGAUGUAUUCGUAGUGAACGAAGCUUUGGGAAGCAAGUACCUUAUCCAUCCUCUCAGCUACUCGUUCACCUUGGCCAUGGGAAACAGGUUAAAUAAACUUAUCCACCCGUUUCUGCAAAGUGCCACUCUUCCUCAAACAAAAGUAUAAAUUCUGCUCAUCAAUAAGUUGUGCCUUGCAUCGACCCGUGUACUACCUCAUAUCGAUUAAUAUUUCUGGUAUAUUUGCCAAUACUGUAGUAAAAAAAACAUGAGCCAGUACAUGUAUCCCAGUUUAAUUGAUGCAUCAAUUUUACUGCGACAAUUAAAAAUAGAUGACUAAAUUGCUUAAACCGCACCAGAAUAUAUAUGUAUGUAGAACAUU